AUGUCAUUGAACACCUCCACUACAGGAAAAGGUGUGGAUCCAAACACGGUUGACACUUAUGACAGUGGCGAUGAUUGGGAAAUCGGUGUUGGGAAUUUAAUAAUCGAUUUGGACGCCGAUUUGGAGAAGGACAGACAGAAAUUUGAGAUGAAUAAUUCUACCAAUACCACCAGCAGCAGCAACACCAGCUCCAAGGAUUGCGGGGGUCUGGCUUCCAGUGGGGCUAAUACUACCUCAGCCUUAGCUGAUGGCCUAAAAUUUGCUUCUGUUCAGCCCUCUGCUCCCCAGGGGAAUUCCUCUCACAAAGAGACUAGCAAAUCAAAAAUGAAAAGGAGUAAAACUUCUAAGGAUGCUAAUAAAUCUCUGCCUUCUGCUGCCUUGUAUGGGAUUCCUGAGAUCAGCAGUGCUGGCAAGAGGCAGGAAGUCCAAGGGCGCCCUGGAGAGGCAACUGGCAUGAAUUCAGCACUGGGUCAAAGCGUGAGCAGUAACCCGAACGGCAAUAAUAACAACACCAGCAACACCACCACCACUAUUGCCUCUUGUGGGAAAAACAAAGAGGAGAAACCAGGUAAAAACCAGGGCAGCAGAGGCUCCAAGCGGGAUAAGGAUGCGGGGAAGUCCAGGAAGGACAAGCAGCACGACCUGCAGCCGAGCCACCCCAAUGGCCCCGGGGGUGGCAGCGGCCAGGCCCCCACAGGGCACCUCUAUGGCUACGGGUCCAAGGGCGGUGGGAGCGGCAGCCCCUUCCACUGCACUGCUGCCACCGCUGUCGGGGAGGUGAGCAAAAGUGCCCCGGAUUCAGGGUUAAUGGGGAACUCUAUUUUGGUAAAGAAGGAAGAGGAGGAGGAAGAGAGCCACAGGCGAAUCAAGAAGUUGAAGACAGAAAAGGUUGAUCCCCUGUUUACAGUGCCUGCACCUCCACCUCCGAUUUCCAGCAGUAUCACACCUCAGAUUCUGCCUUCCUACUUUUCCCCAUCUUCAUCCAAUAUUGCAGCACCAGUCGAGCAGCUUUUGGUACGGACUCGUUCAGUGGGUGUAAAUACUUGCGAGAUUGGAGUUGUAACAGAACCCGAAUGCCUUGGACCCUGUGAGCCUGGGACCAGCGUGAACUUGGAAGGAAUUGUGUGGCAUGAAACCGAAGAAGGUGUCCUGGUGGUAAACGUUACAUGGAGGAACAAGACUUACGUGGGAACGCUGCUGGACUGCACAAAGCACGACUGGGCCCCUCCCAGGUUCUGUGAAUCUCCAACAAGUGACCUGGAAAUGCGAGGAGGACGGGGCAGGGGGAAGAGGGCAAGGUCUGCUGCAGCUGCAGCUGUACCUGGAAAUGAUACGAGUUUUACCGAGUCUAGAGGACUUCAGAGUAAGAAUCGAGGUGGUGCUAAUGGGAAGGGAAGGAGGGGCAGCCUUAACUCAAGUGGGCGCAGGACACCCCCAAACUGCUCUGUGGAUGAAGUCAAAGCCAGCCCCUCAUCCACAAACAAGAGAAAAAGUAAGCCUCCAAUGGAGCUAGACUUGAACUCCAGUUCGGAGGACAAUAAGUGUGGAAAACGUGUUCGUACUAACUCUAGAAGCACUCCCACCACCCCACAGGGGAAACCAGAGACUACUUUUUUGGACCAAGGCUGCUCUUCUCCAGUGCUGAUUGACUGUCCUCACCCCAACUGCAACAAAAAGUACAAGCACAUUAAUGGACUACGAUACCACCAGGCUCAUGCACAUUUAGACCCAGAAAACAAACUGGAGUUUGAGCCUGACAGUGAAGACAAAAUUUCAGACUGUGAAGAAGCUUUGAGUAAUGUGGCACUUGAAUGCAGUGAGCCAAGCACAAAUUUGCCAGGCUUUGAUCCGCCAAAAGCACCGACAUCUCCUUCCUCUAUCACUACCCCAGGGACCCCCAAAGGAAAAAGGGAACUGACCAGCAAUGGCCCCAGUUCAGUUAUCAGUUCCAAAACUGGCAAGAAUUCUGGCAAAAAGAAGGGUCUGAACAGUGAAUUGAACAGCCUUCCAGUAAUUUCUAAUAUGGCAGCCGCACUGGAUAAUUGCUCUGUAGCAGAUGGCAAUUUGCAAACUGAAAUGCCAAAACUGGAGGCUGAAGGGCUAAUAGACAAGAAGAGUAUGGGUGAUAAAGGCAAGAAAGCUAAUAAUUGCAAAGUGGAUAAAAACCUAUCCAAACUGAAAACAGCCAGGCCCAUUGCUCCAGCGCCAGCCCCGACUCCUCCCCAGUUAAUAGCUAUACCUACUACAGCCUUUACAACCAGCACUACAGGGACAAUACCGGGACUGCCCUCUCUAACAACUACUGUUGUUCAGGCUACACCAAAGAGCCCUCCGCUAAAACCUAUUCAACCAAAGCCCACAAUUAUGGGAGAGCCAAGCACUGUAAACCCAGCUCUCACAUCACUCAAAGACAAAAAGAAAAAGGAGAAGCGAAAGCUAAAGGACAAAGAAAGCAAAGAGACUGGAAGCCCUAAGAUGGAUUCUAAGCUGGGAAAGCUAGAGGAUUCAAAAGGGUCUGGGAAAGAUUUAUCUGGACAUUUUUUAAAGGACCAUCUCAACAAGAAUGAAGUGUUAGCUAAUGGACUUUCCGAGUCUCAAGAGAGCAGGAUGGCGAGUAUUAAGGCUGAAGCUGAUAAGGUUUACACGUUCACAGACAAUGCUCCCAGCCCUUCUAUAGGGAGUGCCUCCAGGAUGGAAUGCAGCACUUUGGUGAAUGGACAAUCUUCGAUGGCGCCACUGCAUGUGUUGACACAAAAUGGUGCAGAUAGCGCUGCCGCUAAAACCAACAGCCCUGCUUACUCGGAUAUCUCUGAUGCAGCUGAUGAUGGUGGCUCCGACAGCCGGUCAGAGGGCAUGAGGUCAAAGGCCAGCUCUCCUUCGGAUAUUAUUUCUAAUAAGGACAGUGUUGUAAAAGGACAUUCUUCAACCACAGCACAAUCGGCUCAAGCGAAAGAGUCCCAUUCUCCCUAUUACCAUGGCUACGAUCCUUAUUAUUCUCCAAGUUACAUGCACUCUGGACAGGUCAGCACCCCAGCAGCUGGGAACAGCAGCACCCCACAGGGACUGAAGAUCAAAAAGGAGGCUGAGGAAGAGGCUGAAAAGAAAGAGAAGGCAGAACUGUCAGAUGCCAAGAAAAGUGAAAGCAGUUCCUCUAAUUUGCAGCCACAACAUCAGUCAGUAAUAACGCAAAGACACCCUGCACUUGCUCAGUCACUUUAUUAUGGACAGUAUGCCUAUGGGCUCUAUAUGGACCAAAAGUCCUUAAUGGCCUCUAAUCCUGCUUACAGACAGCAGUAUGAAAAAUACUAUGAGGACCAGCGACUAGCAGAACAGAAAAUGGCACAAACCGGGAGGGACUGUGAAAGGAAGAAUGAACCCCCCUUGAAGGAAAUUGGAAAGGAUGAUAACAAGCAGAAAAAUAUUCCAUCUGCUACUAUUUCAAAGGCCCCUUCAACUCCAGAGUCGAGCAAAAAUAACACUAAAAUAGGGUCUUCAGUCCCUAACAAAGCUGAGGAGACAAGCAAAUCACAGAUCCUUUCCAAUCACCAGCAGCAGCUUCAGUCUGACAGUUUCAAAGCCAAACAAAUGGAAAACCAUCAGCUCAUAAAGGAGGCUGUGGAGAUGAAAUCUGUUAUGGACUCCAUGAAGCAAACAGGAGUGGAUCCAACCACGAGAUUUAAACAGGAUCCAGAUUCACGAACAUGGCAUCAUUAUGUCUAUCAGCCCAAAUACCUUGAUCAGCAAAAAUCAGAAGAACUUGAUCGUGAGAAAAAGUUAAAAGAAGACAGCCCUAGAAAAACACCUAACAAGGAAAGUUCCCUGCCUAACCUUCCUGUCUCGUUAGCAAGCAUUAAAGAGGAGCCUAAAGAGGUCAAGCGUUCUGAUUCUCAAUCAGUGGAUGAGAGCAAGAUAAAAAACGAUGAUCGAAAGACUCCUGUAAAUUGGAAGGACUCUCGGGGUGCUAGAGUAGCAGUUUCCUCACCAAUGAGUCAGCAUCAGUCAUAUAUCCAGUACUUGCAUGCUUAUCCUUAUCCACAGAUGUACGAUCCCAACCAUCCAGCCUAUCGUGCAGUCUCUCCUGUCCUAAUGCACAGCUAUCCUGGGGCCUAUCUCUCUCCAGGAUUUCAUUACCCAGUUUACGGGAAGAUGUCAGGGAGAGAAGAGGCGGAGAAAGUCAAUACCAGCCCAAGCAUCAACGCGAAAUCAACCACUGAGUCCAAAGCACUGGAUUUGCUCCAGCAGCAUGCCAACCAGUAUCGCAGCAAGUCCCCUGUUCCCGUGGAAAAAUCAGCAGCUGAGCGUGAACGGGAAGCAGAAAGGGAAAGAGACCGUCAUUCUCCUUUUAGCCAGCGACAUCUCCAUACACACCAUCACACACAUGUUGGAAUGGGUUACCCACUUAUACCUGGACAGUAUGACCCAUUUCAAGGAUUGACCUCUGCUGCCCUUGUUGCCACUCAGCAGGUGGCUGCGCAGGCAUCUGCAACUGGUAUGUUUCCUGCACAAAGAAGAGAAUGAUGAGUUUGGAGAUGUACAUUGUCAUGUGACUGGAUCACAUGAGGAAGCGCUUUAUUACAGACAUCAGUUCCAUGGUGUUAAUUUGAAAUGCCUUAAUGGCAGGCAAAAACCAGUCAUUUCAUUUUUGUAAAUUGCAGAUUUUAUCACAGAGUAACAAAUGUUGCUGUAAUUAGACUUCUGUUUUUAUAUAUAUAUAUAUGCGUAUAUAUAUAUACAUAUAUAUAUAAAAAUAUAUAUAUAUUCUUUACUUUUUUUGUAUCAAUAACCAGGCUCUCACACAGGGUCUGCUGCUAAGUUGCAAACCACAUAGUAAAAGGAGAAAUGUAUUUGUCAUGUUUAGAAAGUGUUAACCACAAAAGGUUGUUUGUUUCUUUUCUCUUCUUUCUUAUUUUCUUUUCUUUCAUAUUGUAAAUAAAUAAUGUUAUGUAUCAGUGUGCCUGAACCUUGCGUACCCUUCUGAUAUUUCCCACAAGCUCUCAGAGAGGCUAACUGUGAUGACACUUUGGUACAAUGUAGAUGUCUAUUUGGUGGCUCCUAUUAAGAUGCAUCAGUGUAAAAUGUUACUGUAUUCACUGUUUCAUUGUAAUUGUGUAUUGUGAAAAAUAUACCUUUGGAAGGCAUGGGGAUCUUAGUACCACAAAAACUGUGUUGUACAUAAUGUAAAAUUUUUAAAUGGAAAAUAAUGAGCAUCUGUGAAUAAUGAAAUGUCUUUUUUGAUAAUCUUGAAUGGCAGAUAACCAAUAGCCUGCAUAACAGAAGACAUCUGUGAUUGUUCUAUUACUUGAAUAGUCCUGCAGUCUUUUUUUUAAUGUUUACAAUUAUCCAGUUUUAGAAGAGAGACUUUAAUGCCAUUGCCUGGUUACUUGUUUUAUGCUGUAAUCUAGUUUAUUUUAUGUAAAAUGUAUAUUGAAUGCUUUCAUUUUUAUACCUGCCUUAAAUAAUUUGGCAAUCAGAAUAAAGAAAAAAAGUUGUUUUUGUACUUUCUUGGUGUCUAUGGGCCACUUUGAAAGAUGUGUCGUAGGUGUAGAUAGCAGAGCCUGAAGCUGCUGCUCCACUGCUGGUCUGUGUCUCAGAAGUGCUCCCUGGGGCUCAGUUACCAGUGUGCCCCUGCAGAGAUCCUCUGCCUGCCCUGCUGGGCCCGCAGUGCUGUCCUCUCCCAGGGGCUAUGCGGGACCCGAGCCAGGUGAUAGCACUGGACCUCUUUCUAUUGACCCCAGUAGGCUUGGAAAAGGCCCAUAGUAGCCUCGGGUGGUAUUAGAGGUACUCCAAAAGGCAUUAGAGAUUUGCCUUUUUUAGCACAGCUCUGUGUACUAUAAAUUUCAGGUGAUUUUUUUUUUUGGUUAUGUCUGUAUUGCACCCCCCCAAAAUGAAUAGAUGCACAAAAACUGAGGACAUAUAGAGUAAAAGAAAAAGGCCAUUGCUGUGCUUAACCAUUGGUACUUGUAUUACCACAAAAUAAAUAUUUUUUUGUGGCUAUACCACCUGGUUUGUUUAAUUGCACUAAACACAGUACACAGUAAUAUGAAAACACUAAUUAUGACUUGAAAAAAGUCAGAUUUACUGGUCAGGUUUUUGAGGCUUUAACUUCUAUCCUUUCCUGCGUAUCCCAGUUAUAUUAGUAGUCAAAACUGUUUUUUAAAGUUUUACUGUUUUGUUUUUUUUGGCAGGGUGAAUUAUUAGAAGUUAGAGCUUGUUUAUGAAGUCGGUUCCAUUUCUCCUGCCUUGUGAAUACUUAAUGCAGAAGGAUGAAUUAAAGAUUCCCAGCAGACAAGCACACUUGGACUUUUUAUAUUACUAUGAUGAAUCUGCCAUUCAUAUUGGUAUAAUUGUUUUAUUUUUAUAGGCAUAAAAUAAGUUCCCAUAGUGACUAGUAAUAAGGUUUAUUGAUUUUUACUACACAUUAUUCAUCUGUGGCUUACUCCUAUCAUCUUGUUCUGAACACGUUCAGAAGUUUCACAGUGGUGACAUACUACAAAUUAGCUUCAUCAAAAAUGGGAAGGAAGAGGUGUUUUUUUUUUUGUGGAUGGGGAUAUUGUGAAUGCAGAACUCCUGAAAAAUAAGUGCCUUAUUACUUCUAUAUUAAAAGCUUAGAUGGUUUUUGUAUUGAAAUGUACCAUUGAUUUCUUUUCAGUCUAGACCAUUAAUGCUUCUGCAGCAAAACAGAUCUUAUAAAUUCACACUAUUGGUGAUUUUGAUUUAGUGUGGUUUAAUAUAGUGUUGUAAGUAACUGGAAUGAAUUACUCUGAUUGAUAUGGGGUAAGCAGCAGUUAAAAUUAUAAUUAAUGUUAUAACUUUAUUAUAUCCUUGAAAUUUGUAAGAGAGGCUAACAGGCAUUGCCAUUUAUUUUCUUCCUCCACUUAAGGUUAUUCUUUUCCUUCUAUCUUCAUAACUUUCCUUUUAAUUUAGCACUUGCCAUGCUGACCUCCUUAAAGGCUGUGCAGCUGGCUCAAUAACUCCCCAAAGCCAAAAGAUAUCCAUCUACGUGUCCAAGUUUGACAUGUAGCUGCUGUAAUCAUUUCAUCCUUGUGUAUCCAAAGGAUGAGCAAACUGAAGCAGCAGUAUGAGGAGGACAAUUUACAAACCUGGGAACUUAGGGCCACAGAAGCUGGUCACUGGAAGGGGGCAGCUGAAGCAGCAUGGUACAGACGUAUCUGUGCUGUUGUUUUCCACAGGCAGGGCUUGUGCUCCUUGUGACCUCCAGCUAACACCCUUACCACUCUGCUCUGCUAGCAGCUGCAGUCAGUGACCCUGUUCUAUUUUUCAUUCGGGUGUUCCAGCUGUCUCGUAGAGGUGAAUGAGGGCUUUAGUAUUACAGUGACUUCUGUGAGUUUCUAACCUGUCCAUGGCAUGCAGCUAGAGGAAUGAAAGGUCUGUCAGUGGGAGCCCAUCACAUCAACCCAAAACCCCAGCCAGGGAGUUAUUGCCUGUGGUGCUUGCACUGGGAAGAAAACAGAUGUGAAUGGAGAGGGCGUGGUUGGUUGGUUGGUUGGUUUGUUUGAUUAACUUGCAGGUCUAGAGGCUCAAAUAAGACAGGGGUCUAACUGACUGAGUUGGAUGACUAGCAGGGCUAGACUGGAACUGUUGAAAGUGCGGCCCAGGAGAAACAUUUUUCCAGUUUCAUAUUUUUAGAUUCCCUGGUCAUUUUAGUGAACACCUAAGAACUCAUAGAGCUAAUUCUGUGCCAUCUCAUCCCAUCCCUUGCUUCUGAAGGGUGUGUUGGUUGGAUGUAAUCAUUGGGUCAUUAAGUCUCUGACAGUUGCUGGCAGUGCAUGUGCUUUCAGAAGAUGUAAGAUGAGAGAGUCCAUUAAUGCAUUCUAAAAUACACCAGGUAUCACUGAUAGCACAAAAAACACCAUAAACAACACUAUGGUGCCCUUAUGCAGCUCUCCACCCUGGCUGUUGUCAGGGAAGGAGUGGAAGAGUUGUGCAAGGAAUCUAGUGCUUAUUUCCUUCUGGCAUCAUGGUCUUGCCACUCUUAUCACAACUGACAGAUGUACCAUCCUCAUCAUAAAAGAAAAUCUCAUUCUAAUAUUUGCUUUCCAUACUCUCUCACUCCUCUUUCUCUCCACAUCUUUCUCCAUCUCUCCCCUUUAGCUUACUUGGCCACUUAAUAAGCCCUCUAGCUUACUUCCAUUUGAUACCAUCAAAACUUACUCAUUCUAUCUGUACAGCUAAAAUCCUUCUGCAUACAUUUGUGAUCUCAGCUCUUGAUUAGUUCCCGAUCUUUUCUUUUAUCACGUUCCCUUCUUUGACCUGUGGUGUUUUUUUUUUCUUGUCUUAUGCUGUGUUAAUGUAUCCUGUCUCUCUUCAGCAUAAAGUGUUUGGGACACAGAACAUGUCUCACUUGAAAUUCCCACAGCGUAGGUCAUAUUUAUAGUUCUUUCAGAGUAAUAGCAAUGGAUGCUUCUAACAUCACGUAGAUGAUAGUGCAAGAUGUCAUGAGUAGUUAGAGCAGACCAUUACUAACAAGGAGCUUAAGAUAACUGACAAAAGACUUCAUGGUUUUGAAAGCUAUGUUGAAACCAUUACUGCCUCGAAAACUGGGAGUGAUAUCAAGCCUAUACAGGAAGUCUAAAGCUGUACUUCCUUGAAUCAGAGAGAACUGGAAGUAUAUAGUCAUCACUUAAUGAGCCAGCUUUGCUCUGCUUUAGAAAAAGAGAUGUUUUCUUCAUUUGUUUCAGUCUUAACUUUUACCUAGCUUUCUGUAUUAAAUACUCUACAGCAUUACCAUGAACUACAGUUUUCCUUAAUGUAGGUUUUUAAUUAGGCUAUUGUCUAAGCUCAGAUAGCCAGAUAGUCUUUCUUUUUUUUUUUUUUUUUUGUGAGUAAGUCCUACUUGUUACUUUUACUUAGAAAUAUGUGAUGGUUUCAUUCAAGUGCACAUUUGACUUUUGGUAGCAGAAUAAGCUAUCCACUUCAGUUUAAUGUGGAAAAACCCUAGGUCUUGAUUUGUACUGUUUUCAUUAUGCUCUUUAUCCCUUUCUUUAGAGCAUAAGCUUUAAAAGAUACUCUCUUUUUUACAGAAAGUGGAAAACAAAAGAAGUCUAAUAACUUGUAAGUGCGUUUCAGCUCAUAUUCAGGAUGUCUUUACUUAGCCAGUGAACAUUCUGCUUUACCAGAGAGCAUGGAAAGUCCUUUCUGGCAUAUCCACUGUUUACUAGCUGAAGCAGUUUCAUUUUGAGGAAUGGGAAAGCUUUUCAAAGACACUAUUUUUUCACUUUUUUAACCAUUUCUGUAAGGAAUUUUAAUGCCUAUAGAAUACCAUUUAAAUCCUCACGGUGUCUGUUAGUAAUUUUAAGCAGCACAUGCUAAAUAGCACUCUCAACCUCAGUAGUAACUCUGAAACUUCUUGUCUAGGCUGAUAAAUUAGCAAACUUAGGAUUUUGCAAAGGUAAUUAUUACUUGCUGCCUGACAAUAUUUAUCAAGUAGAAAACUUGUUAUUCUCCACCAUAAUAUAGAAAAAUGCUCUGGGGACUUUGAAAGCAUAUGUUGUUAUAGACAAAUGAACUGCUAUAAAACAAAGCCAGUACCUGUAGUAAUGUUUCGGUAGCUUUGUAGUAGUUUUAGUAGCGUUGUGAAGUAAUUUGGGGUGGUAUAAUGGUGUAUGUUAGUUACAUGAUUUCUGUUGUUUGAGUUUGCUGAUGGUAGAACAGUGCUUAUUUAUAGCUUUCAGCAUAAUACUUCAGGAUUUCUUUAUGAAGCUGAAUGGUACAGCAGUGCCUGAUGAAAAAAAAAAAAAAAAACUGAAUCAGGAAGCAAAGGUUCUCUGAAAGCUCCUUUAAACCCUAAACACAAGAGACUAAUUUUAAGGUAUACAUCUUGACAGGUAAACGGUUGCAGUUCCUGGCUGAGGAGGGUGUGAUGAGACCAGGAUGGCCCCAGGGGAACCCCUGCUGCUGGCCAUACCCUGGCAGUGGUGAACAAGGACGUGUAGUUUCUGUUGGACUUGGUUUGGGGCUGUUUCUAAUAGAAGGAUAUGCAGGAAAUGUGCUUCAGUCAGACCCUCGUUAAUAUUUUCUUAAUUAGUCAAAAGAAAGUUGAAAGAGGAAUUUUGCGUGUGUGUUUCAAGUCAGACUCUUACAGAACAGUGUAAAUGAGGUGGGAUAAAAAGCCCCAGAGUUUUCUGAUUGAAGAACUUCUUACGUAGUUAGGCUGCCAUGAAAAAAAUGUUCCUCUUUUUCUUUGCAUUUUUUCCUAUUUUCUUGGUUGUAUAAACUUGAGUCCACAAGACACUAGAAAAAACUUGAGGGGAGAGGGGAAAGGUAGCUUCCUUGUCAGAACCAGUUUCUCCUUGAUAAGUCUCUAUUCAGUGCUGCUGGUUGCUUCAAAAACCUGACUACUUUCUUCCUUUGGGUCUCUUGUGUUCCCCAGGAGAUAGUGGGAAGAAGCAGAUCAAGGGCUAGAUGGACUGCAGGAAGGGCUGACGGGUCUGCUAUUCCAUUGCUUAUGCAUGCCAGAGCAAGGCUUUUUUAAUGGCCUUUUCUUCGCACCUUUCCCCACCUCCAUCUCCACAUCAGUUUAAGUGCUCACAGAGAUGAGCCUGAUCAAGCCACUGAUUUUUAAGCAGAGCUCCAUACAGAAAAGGUCAUUGAAAUGUCAAUGAUACAAUAUGUCUCCCCAUGCCAUGUUUUGAAACAUAACAAUUUAGUACCAGGCUUUGCCUCAAGCGUCUGCUGAGCCCUUUCAUGAUCAUUCUGCUUUCAAAUAAUCUGGCUUCCUUUAAUAGAGGAUUUGCCAAAUGCUCAGCCUCUGUAGCUGUCUUGUGAUUUCAUUGGAUUCAGAUGGCCAGUUUCCAUUUUACAUGCUGUGGUGGUUUAACACCAAUGGACAGCUCAGUACCAACACACCACUCUCUCAUUCCGCCUCCUCAGAAGGGGUGUUGGAGGAAAUUUGAUGGAAAAAGGUUCGUAGGUUGAGAUAAGGACAGAAAGAUCACUCCCAAGUUACCAUCACGGGCAAAACAGACUCAGCAUAAGGAAGAUUAAUGUCAUCUACCACCAACUAAUAACAGACUAAUGCAAGGAGGACUAAAACUAAAAAAACCUUCCCAUGAUUCACCCUCUUCCACCUCCUCUCCCCAAGCAGUGCGGGAGAACAAGGAAUGGGGGCUGCGGUCAGUCCCUGACGCUUUGUCUCCGCCGCUCCCUCAUGGUCACUCUCUGCCCCUGCUCCAUGUGGGGUCCCUCCCACGGGAUGCCGUCCUUCCCGAACUGAGCCUGCGGGGGCUGCCCACAGGCAGCAGCUCUUCAAGAACUGCUCCCACAUGGCUCCGUACCACGGGGUCCAUCCAUCCCCCAGGAGCAAACUGCUCCAGCAUGGGUCCCCCACAGCUGGGCGGCAGCUCCCCCCAGACCCCCUUCUCCUGCGUGGGCUCCUCUCCACGGGCUGCAGCUCCGGCCCGGGGUCUGCUCUUGUGGGGGCUCUCCAUGGGCCGCAGCCUCCUCCAGGCCACACCCACCUGCUCCAGCGAGGGCUCCUCCACGGGGGGCUGCAGCAUGGAGAUCUGCUCCAUGUGGGACCCAUGGGCUGCAGGGGGACAGCCUGCUCCACCAGGGGCCUCUCCACAGUAUGCCGCAGGGGAACGGCUGCUCCCUGCCUCCAGCAGGAUGUACCAAAAUUCAGUAUAGUUAAAGAAGAGCAGCGUGCAUGUCAGUGUAUGGGGCUGGUAGAUCAUUCAACAUAUGUACCUAUAUAUACUAUAUAUCUCUCUCUCUCAGGAGAGAAUGACUAAAACUGGCCCUGAUGUGGAGGCAGGACAGGAUUGACAUAAAAGUGACCCAACUGAAAACUGCUGAGUCUGCCCUAAAGACUCCCAUGCUAAACUUUGUACUGGAACAGGGAUUUGGAUAGUCACAAGUCCAGCAGGGUCACCCAAGCAGCACAAGGAACAGUGAGUGGCAUUGCACAAGUCACUGAGCAAGCACAGGUGAGCAUCAAGCAUGUAGAGAGCAAAUGCUGAUACCAGGGGCUGCAAUGCCUCCUAGUAAAGCGUUGGCACUGGACAGACAGGUCUUGUUUAUGUAGCUAAUGUGGAUCAAGGACCCUCAGAGCCAAUCUGACUGUUGUGAAGUGCUCAGGCACCCACUGCAGGCUCGUAUUUUGCUGGCUCUUGAGCUGCCAUCUCAGUACACUUUGUUUUCUUCAGUGGUACAGGUCUGCAGCAUCAAGAGACAUGGUAUUUGUUAUCUCAGGAGUGGUGAGGGUUAUUAAGUCCAAACAAUGUACAGAAAAUGAGACAAGAUAAAGCAUGAGGUAACCUCAGAGCUCAAGCUUGGCCAUGACAACUUUGUCUGUAGAAGACACUACAACUGUCAUGUUACAAACAGGCAACUCCCCUCUCUCAGAGUCCUGUUCUCUGUGUUUUCUUGUUAAGUAGAUCCAAUUCUUAUAUUUUAGGGGGACCCAUGAAAUGGCAGUGUUAGAUUACUAGCCACCAGUACAAAGGACCUAUAUUUUUCCUCAUUAAUUGGCUGAUACACGUUUGAAAAUCCAUCCAGAGUAUUUUUCUCUGUAACAAGUAUAUUUCCAUAAUGAGACAUGAUAGUUUUGUUCUUACUAGAUGCUUUUGUUUUGGCUGCUAUAUUUUUGGACAAUUAGCACUUCAGCAUGCAGCAUUAAAAGAGGCCUCAGCUGAAUCUUCAAAAUUAGUAUUAGAUUUCAUACUAUUUGUCAUAAUAUUUGACAAAGCCAGGCUCUUUUUAGUGGUGCCCAGUGGCAAGACAAGGGGCAAUGAACAAAAACUGAAGCACAGGAGGAAACACUCCUUUGGUGUAUGGGUGACUGAGUACAGGUUGCCUAAGGAGGCUGUGGAUAGACCCCAGUUGGAGAUACUCCAAAGCUGCUGGCUGUAUUCCUGGGAAAGCAGCUCUAAGUGUCCCUGCCUGAGCCGGGGAGUUGGACCAGAUGCCUCCAGAGGUCCCUGCCAACCUCAGCACUUCUUGUGAUAUUGUGAUUAAGUGCCAAGUAUUUUUAGUAAUGUUUUGUUUUGUUUUGAGAUCUUGUUCAUGUGAAAAGGAGAAAAAAGUUUCAAGGUGUUCAACUUCCACAAUUUUCCCCCUAUUUCUUUAAAAAGACAAAAUGCAUUCACAGGCCAUUCAGAUUCUUGGCAGCAUCUGGUACCAGACACAAAGGAAAAGAAAUUUCAGACCAGGUCACUGGUUUCAAAGAGAUAUCUAUCAAUAAUGCAGUUACCCCUCUAACUUGUACUAAAGCUUAUUUGACUAGUGUAUAAUGAUCAGUAGAAUGAGAAUUGAAAAUCUCUGUAUGUGACAUCUGUAAAGCAAACACAUGACGCUGGUUUCAGGAGAAGGUCUAUCAUGGCAUUUAUGGCAGUGAGGGACCUCUUCACCAUACCCCUUUCACACACCCACACCCCUUUUUUAAACUAUGUGUUUGCCACUGGCUCAGCUGUUGUAUUUAGUCCCUAAGAUAGCAUCAAGGUCCAAUGCUGUACUUGAAUCAACAGCUGAAUUACCCCUAUCUUCUAACACCAUCAAAAGUAAAUUGCUAACUAAUCACCAAGGAAAAGAGACUUGAAGGAGAAUGAGUAGUUCUAUGAGAAUUGCAGCUAGUAAAGACAAGAUUUCAAUGGCUUUCUUGCCUGUUUGGACUCUCAGAUGUUCAAUAAGGUGUGAACUUCAUAUUUUUUUUUACUAAUUGAGGCCACUAACAGGCUGCCUCUCCUUUGCCUGCUUGCCAGUACUUGUGAAGCUAUAGGGUGUUUUUGGAGCAUGCAUCUGUAGCUUAACUACAACAGGCUUGAUUGAUGUGUGCAAGGGAAAGGUGUGACCACAGGAGCUGUAAAUGAGAGUUGUGCGAGGCUCUCGUCUUUGUAGCCUGGUUGUGUGUCCUGAGCAACCAAAACCUAAUCUUAAAGGUGGCAUUGGGCUAGCCACAUCUUCUCCCUUCACAAUGCAGGGGUGUGUUCAGGGCCUCACUUGGGCCCUGUCUGUGAAACUGCACCGUGCUCUGCACCACAGGCAGAAUGCAGGACAUUUCCAGGGAUCACAGCUGCUGUAAGGAGAAGUAGCUGGUUUACUGCUUGUUCCUUUUAAGGGUAAAGCCAUGAAUAACACGGGAAACUGAAAUAAGUGUAGGUCAUGGCUCUUGACUCCUAGAUUCAUCAGUAAUCGCAAGAACGUAUAAUUCUGAAUUAAUCCAUUGUAGAGUUAUUUAUAUAUUUAGCUGUAGGUUUUACAUGUACCAAUUACAUACACACAAGCAACAGAGGAGUAUGGAUUAAGGAAAGCUGUGGCCACAGUCUUUUUUUAAUGCUUUUGGGUGUUAACAAAUAACAAUGAAUUUUUCUACUGUUUAAUAACAAGCUAGUUAAGAUUCAAAAAAAAAAAAAGUUAUUUUUGAAAGUUCUGGGUAGUAACAACAUAAUGGUUUCAUUAUCUAAAGUUCAGUCGCAACAAGGACAAAAAAUCUCUCUUGUGUGUGCUGAAGAGCUUUUCAGUUCUGAAAAAAAAAAUCAAUACCAUAUUCACACUAAUGUUUGCUUGCAUAAAAUAUUGACUAUGGUCACACUGGCAGUUUUACAUAAAGACUUAAAAGCAAUCUUGAUUGUCUGAAAGGUUCUAAUUGUUUUUCCCCCUUCCUGAAAGAGUAAUGAAAGGACAACUAAAAAGCAGAACUAUAUAGUUAUUUUAUAACUGGCACUAACAAAUUUCACCAAUUACAUAGUCCAUUCUGUAAGCAAUGAAUGUGUGGCUCCCAAUUAAUCUAGUGUACCUCCAGGCAAGGUCUAAAUCAGCUGGAUACAGCUAUAGCAAUUUGCACACAGCUAAAAGCAAAUUGGAAAAUAAGUGUUCCACGCUCCUGCCUAUCUUUCCGAGCCAAAUACACAAUCAGUAUUCUGGCAGCAGCACUCUGUCAUGUUAUUUGCAGCUAUCAGUUUUAAUUAUAACAAUUAUUGAUUAGUUGGGAAAGUGAAUAAUCUAAUGUUCAAAUGAGGUUGGCGCGGCUUCUGGGGAUCUUUAUUUCCUGUGCGUGUCCGUUUAGAGUUAGGAAGUAUCAAGCAAAGAUACCUGCAGCACACUGCUAAGCUUAGCUAACUGUAAUUGAAGUCGCAGCAGUGAUUUGUUGUUGUUGUUGUUGUUGUUGUUUACAACAAACAUCCAUUGUUAGGAUUCACUGGUCUGCUGUGCAAAAAAUGUUGAUGUGAAUUGAAUUAGGGCACGAGAAGGGUCAGUUCAGGACUGUAGGCCAACAAUUCCAGAUGUGGGCAUCUAAAAUCAGGCACCUAAUUUCUUUCUUAACCACCCAAAUGAAUGAGCUGUUUUGCACAGGAAGGGAGGAUUCUCCUGUUGACCAAUGACAGCAGCAAUUUUGCUAACCUAUUUACUUUUGGACACAAGCUGUUUCUUCUUGUAAAACAAUGCUUCUCUUGGAAGAGAGAAGAAAGGAACUAAUCCCACCCUCGCUGCACUGACAAGAGUUUUAUGUGUUUUAGCUAAAUAAAUAGUGUGGGGAGGAGCACUGGACUGGAGCAGGGCUGCAGCCACAAAGGCUGAAAACAAACUUUCUAAAUCCAAGUGUUUGGCGCAGGCUCAUCCAGACAGCUAACCAAACGCCUGCAUUGCUGAAGACACAUGGUCUGCACCUGAAGCUGUAUGCUGAGCAGUUGGCUGGGCAGGCAGGAGGAGGCUUUCUCCCACGCCUCCCUCUCCUCCGGAGCUGUAACCUGUAGCUCAGAGCUGCCGAGGGCAGGUGCGUUGGACUAGAAGACAUCUCCAGUGGAUCAGGAGCCAGAGAAUGUGCUAACAGCAGCAGACAUUGGAACAAAUGAAACAAAGCAAAAAAUAGCAAAGGCAGAAGAAUGAAUCGUGAAUGUGCUGAGCAUGGGAAUGGCCAGGUCUGGUAACAAAACAGCUCCCUGAGAAAAGAGCACAGCAGAACCCUUGGAUAAGCACGCAUACACGUGUGUCUCCCAGUGACGUGGUCACCUUCAGCAUGUACACACGUGGUGGGUUUUGUGUCUCCUGCUCUGUGUUUUGUCUUUCUGAGCUCUUUUGUUCUGUGUCAGGAUUUAGUAUUCCCACUGAAAGUAUUUUACCCUGCCCUCCAAAUAUUCCAGCAUGGUCUACUCAAUCCUGUACAGACAUGCUUAAAGACGGAGCUCUGACCCAGUCAAUUUCCUUCUUCCUUUCUUUCUUUUUGGUUGUGUUGAGGACAAAAACCAAAUGGAUAGCAGCUUCCUGCUUAAUACUAUUUUCCACAAUAGCACUGUUGUACUAGAGAACCAUGAAAAGUUAUGGAUUGCAGUCCUUUAAUCUGACAUACAAAAGUGUGAUUCAUAGUUUGUUAGGCCAUGAAUUGAACAUCUCACAGCUUCUCUAUUAUUUAAAAUGUAGUAUUAAUAUUAAAAUUGCUCUGCCUGUCCAUAACUUUGGGACAAGAAACGUUCCUCAAAGGACCCCACUCCAUCUGCAAUAAGUGCUUUUCACUUCAGAUUAAUACAUUUUCAUUUGCCCUGUCAUCCCAUGCAGGCAGAGUGGGCCUCAAGCCACAUGGGGUCAAGUAGGAGUCCAAUUAGGCAAAGCUAUUUUUAAGUUCUGGAGGGCAUGGGGUCAGCACACUGGAGAGAUUUAAGCACCUAAAGAUGUAGAUAGGUAGAUAUAUAUUUCCACAAGUGCUAUCACAGUGAAAUCAAGGGGAGUUAGGCAUCUGGCAACUAUCUAGCAAAGCACAUUUUGAGAUUCCCUUGAAGAGCUUUCUAGGCACCUGAAUGCUCUUGAAAAUCCAGCUGCUUCCACAGCAGAAAGGUCCACACAACACAGUUGCCUCACUUUCCCUCUUCUGGCACCUCAGGUCUGCCAAGAUGUAGCUCCAGGGCUAAGAUGCAAAGCUCAGAGUUGCAGCAGCUUUCAGGCGCGUGCUGUGCAGGAGGACAGCCAGGAGGCCACCCUGGGACACGAAGGUGCUGGGGAGCCGGUCGGGAGGCAGAAGGACAACAUCCCCAGGCACACGUCCACGCUGAGCAAUGCUGGGUGGCCCUGCGGCCAGGGAACCUGCUUGCUCGGUGCUCUUUGCAGUACUCGGGGUGAAGGAAGGUCAAAGAGGAGGUCAAGGAACAUGGGGCCAAACAUCUGGCUAGCUUGGUCAUCACUGGUGGCCACAAGCAAAUGCCUGGGAAAGCACACGAAGAGGAUACUCACCCAUGCCAACACUCUCCUGCUUUCUGGCAGUUUUCAUCCAGGGUAUUUUCCGACCCUCUUGUGUUUUUUCUAUGUAGUAAUGUACAAACAUUUUUCAACUGCUUGUUCACUCCCCUCUUGAAUGCAAUAUAAACUUCUUGUGUUCACAGUGUCCCUUGCCAUGGAUUUUCCCAUGUGUGCUGUCCAUUGCAUGAAGACCAUCUGUGAGCUCUGACUGCAAUGCCUGUUACCUUUAUUUGAUUGACCUGGAUUCCUGUACUGGAAGUAACAAAACCAAUUUCAGUUCUAAUCAUCUUCCUCCUAUACCUCUUGUGAUUUUAUAGACUUUAAUAUAUUCUCCCUUAAGUGAUCUUUUUUUUCCCCUCACUGAAGAUUUCCAGACUAAUCUUUUUUUUUUCUUCAUUUCUUUUCUUCUUUUUUUUUUUUUCCCUGCUAUAUGGAGACUAUCAAUCAUUCUUGCCAUCCUUCCCUGAACCUCUUUUUUUAUUUCUAAUGUAAUUGUUAAGCUGUGGAGACACAUAUCCAUCUUCAUGUUGUGAGAACUCCCCUUUUAUUCAUACCUUUAGCUUCCUGGGUUUUAGCCAAUUUUUUCCCUAUGCGCACUUCUAUGCUGGUGAGUUUCUUUCAAAGCCAUCAUGUGUCAUAGUUUUGUCUGGGACAGAGUUAAUUUUCUAUGUAGAGGUUCACACAAUGCUGUGUUUUGGAGUUGUGAUGAAAACAGUGGUGACAGCACACGGAUGUGUCAUUUGUUGCAGAGCAGUGCUCACACAGAGCCAAGGACAUUUCAGCUUCUGGUACUGCCCUGCCAGCAGGAGGCUGGGGGUGCACCAGGAGCUGGGAGGGGACACAGCCAGGACAGCUGGCCCAGGCUGGCCAAAAGGAUGUCCCAUACUGUGUGGUGUCAUGGUCAGCAAUAUAAUCUGGGGUAAAGAAGGAGGAAAGGGAGAUGUUCGGAGUGAUGGCGUUUGUCUGCCGGAGGAACCACUAUGCAUGCUGAGCCCUGCUUUCCUGGGAGUGGCUGAACACCUGCCUGCCAAUGGGAAGCAGUGAAUGAAUUCCUCAUUUUGCUUUUCUUGUGUGCACAGCUUUUGCUUUCCCAAGUGGGCUGUCUCUAUCUCAACCCAUGAGCUCUCUCAGUUUUACCUUCCUGAUUCUCUCCCCCAUCUACCUGGGGAGAGUGGGUGAGCAGCUGGGUGGUGCUGAGCUGCCUGCCAGGUUAAAAUACAGCAGUCCUUUAUGGAGCCCAACGUACAUCAUGAAGGGUUCGAGAUGAUGACAGAUUUGAUUGGAGUGUGGAGAUAUUAUAGCUGUUUAGCUGCUAAUUGGCUGGCUCCCGUGCUUGCCAUGGGGCUUGCUUGCCUUACUUUAUGUUAGAGUCCAGUGCUUGUUAGUGGCUGCUUCUGCUUCUGCCAUUUGCUCUACUCCUUAGCAUCUUGCUUUGUUGUGCCUGGCAACAUUUUGUUAUCAGCUGUGACCAUUCUCUGGGGCUGUCAGAUGGCCAGAUCGUUGCUGCUGUUCUUGUUUUUGUUCUCAUUGCUGCUGUACUAGACAGGCUGGAGCUCCAGACUAAACUCAAGUCAGAGGGACUGUGAGCUGUGGGUGAGUCCACAUGAGAGCAUGUACACCCCAAAGUGUCUGCGGCCAUGGAGAAGUCCAUGCUGUGUAGCAGGUACACCUUGCAGUGUCCAUGGAUAAGGACAUGCCAGAACACCUUGAAGUGUCUGGCUGUGGAUAAGACCAUGACACAGCAGGUGUCUGAGGCCAGUGAAAAGGGCUGUGCCAGAGCAUGGACACCUCAAAGUGACUGUGGCCCAUUACUAACUCCACACCAGAGCAGGUAGACCCCAAGGCAUUAGAAGCCAUGGAUAAGUCCACAACACAGUAGGUAGACUUCUGAAGGGACUGUGGCUCGUGAAUGAGGCCAUUCCAGAGCAGGUACACCUCUAAGGGACUGUGGCCAGUGGACAAGCCCAGGCUGGAGCAGGGGCAAGGGGAUGAGUUCACUGCAAUGCUAAACCCUAUGGCCUGGUCCAAAAGGACAAGGGGUGGAGAUUGUGAUGGAUAUGCCUUCAAACUGUUGUAACCCUUGAUCACAGGAUUCCUAUAGCAGGAAGCACUUGAAUCAAGAGAGGAUGAGCCUCACAAGAAGCAGUGCAAGUACAGCAGUGACCCGACCUGAGCUGGCUUUGGCGUCCAAUAACUCCACACAACACACCGCCUCUCCUGUCCUGAGCGACCACCGUAACAGAUAGAAGCUAAGUCAUGGACUAAAAGAAAUCAGUGGACUUUUUAUGGACAUUUUAUGGACAUUUCAUAUGGGUAGUCCAUAGACUAAGAAAAUUAUAUCUGUUUAUUAAUUGAAAGGUGGUGAUUAAUGAGUAUGUAUUGGAAAGUACGGGACCUGAGCAUGACAUAAAUGGUAUGGAACAAGGGGUGGAUAUUGUCAUGGUUUUGGCUGGGAUAGAGUUCAUUUUCUUUGUAGAGGCUCACACAAUGCUGUGUUUUGGAUUUA